AUGUGGGCCCAUAAAGGUAACAAGAAAGAAUACCUGACGGUGAAGGACCUGCAGAACAUCCUGGACUCGUGUAAACUCCACCUGAGUCAGAUCGAUGAGGUGUGGCCCAAUAUUUACAUCGGCAACGUGACAGUCGCCCAGACCAAGACCGCCUUGGUCCAGUUGGGAAUAACUCACGUGUUGAACGCCGCUCACUCCAAGAAAGGCAGCAUCGGGAAUCAGGGCUUCUACGGGAAGGACUUUGAGUAUUGCGGCAUUCCGGCAGACGACUCCACGCAUUUUGACUUGGAUGUUUACUUCCGACCGGCCGCCGAUUUUAUCCACAGGGGCCUCAAGGCCCCCCAGGGGAAAGUGCUGGUGCACUGCAUCAUGGGAAUGAGCCGCUCGUCCACCUUGGUGCUGGCCUACCUGAUGAUCUACCAGCACCUCCCGCUGGAGCAGGCUCUGCACAGGCUGGUGAAGAAGAGGGCCAUCUACCCCAACAGGAACUUCCUGGCCCUGCUCCUGGACUUGGACCUGCAGUUGGCCAGGAAGAAGAAGAAGGAGAACAAGUGUCAAAUAUUAUGACGUAUAUGAUACGUAUAUAUAUAUAUAUAUGUAUUAGAUAGCUCUUAGACUGUGGGUGGUUUGUCUAUAUGUGCCCUGUGAUUGGCUGGCCACCAGUCCAGGGUGUACCCCGCCUCUAGCCUAAAGUCAGCUGGGAUAGGCUCCAGCAUACCCCUAGAAUGGAUGGUCUUAAACUUAGCAUGCCUUUCUCUAAAUGGACCAAAUAAAUGUACUGUAUAUGUUUCUU